AUGGUAAAAGCAAUGACAAGCGACGCGACAAAACUAACGCUCCUUUUCAUCGAGUGUCUGAGUGAAUAAAUAAUACAAAAUCAUCCGCCCCGCCUCUAGAGUCAAUACACUUUUAGUGUCAGGAAGUAAAAGCAUUAACGAGCUCUGUCUCUCAUAUGUAAGAUGGAUUUGACAUGUUUGUGCGUGCUGUUUGUGUGUAUUUCAUGUGUUUGUUCAGCAAGAGUGCAUAACGAUGCUCGAGUGAAGCUGACAGACCAAGGUAUAACCCGGUUGUAUUUUGAACAUGAUCAUAUGGUCAAACUUAUCAUGAGCUCUGAACACAUCUGGGCUGGAGGUUCUAAGAUCCUCUAUUCCAUGAACACAGCACAAAACUCCAAGGUGAAUGCGUCUCUUGGAAAGGUUGAAUGUAAAGAAAACUCAAACUGUGAAUACAAUAUCUCUCAGCUCCAAGAGGGUGUUAAUGGAAAUCUCCUUUUCCUUUGUAGAACUACAAAGGCUUAUACAGUGUGUUAUCAUAUGGACUCAAGUUAUUCCCUGACUGAAUCCUUUAAAUCAGAAUAUGAACUAGAAAUUAAUGAGCCAUCAUUACUCAUUGGUGACAUGCUGUACUUUACUAAGUUUGAUUUGGGAUUGUACAGGAUAAACAGCAAAGAUACACAGACAAUCUGGCCUCAGUCCACUCAAACAGAGCAGAAGUUUGUGAAGUUGAUCGCUGGGACUGGCCCACACCAGGACAAAGUUUAUUCGUUCUUCACAGAGAAACACAAAAGUGCCAGUGGAGACUCAGAAUCAGACUUGUGGAUUCCACAAGUAUCCCAGAGCUGCAUGAAUGACAGAGGUGGGCCUAAAGAUGAGCUUCAGUCCAGCUGGACGUCGAUGAUUUACGCCCGUCUAUUCUGUGGAGACAAGGAGACAGGAUAUCACUUUACUAAGCUAAUAGAUGUCGACACAGUAGAAACAGACAAUGACAUCAAAAUUUAUGGCCUGUUCAGAAACUAUUGGAACAUGAGUGCAGUGUGUGUUUAUAAAAUGACUGAAAUAAGCAGCGUCUUCUAUCGCUCUGAAUUCAUGAAAUCCAGCAGUAAACCUCCUGUGAAUCACCGGCCUGGAACGUGUGUUCAAGACAGUACUCGUCUGAGCAGUGAAGUACUGAAGUUUAUGAAACAGCGUCCAGUGAUGGAGGAGUGGGUGAUGCCAGAGAACAGCCCCCUGCUGUUUCAACACCGUCACUACACUCACAUACAGGUGGACCGCGUUCGAGACCGCACGGUGCUGUUUCUGUCUCUAGAAAGUGGAGGGGUCCAUAAAGUCUUAGAAGAGCAUGUUCAACACCACGUUUUUGUCAUUGCGGAGUUUCGGACGUUUCCACAUGGAACGCACAUCACCAGCAUGCUGUUGGACAGUUCUCAAAAGCGUCUGUAUGUGAGUUCUGGUAACGAGCUGGUACAGAUCAACCUGCAGCGUUGUGAUGUGUAUGGAGAUGAUUGUAAAGCAUGUGUCCUAUCCAGAGAUCCCUACUGCUAUUGGAAUGGUUUGCAGUGCACCCCCACCACAGUUGACACCAUGGAUCACAUUUAUUGCAGUAUGGCUGAAUUUGCUGAAUCAAAAACUGAAAUUAGUGCCAAAGCAUCAGUGCAAAUCAUCCCAGCAUCUGCUAGAUACUUCCUGCUCUGCCCGAUAAUAUCCCAUCAUGCCACGUACCACUGGUACCAUGGCAAUAGACGUGAGGAGUGUGUUCAUGCUGAUGUGGGCUGUUUGUAUCUCAUCGAGAGUAUGAAUGCAACUUAUGAAGGUUUGUACAGAUGUGUGUCUUCAGAAGGGGACUAUAACAGAACUGUUACUCGAUAUGAGCUCAGUAUGAGUGGCUCACCAGCACUCAGUGUCGCACCAAUAAUGUUAACAUGCUUAUUACUUCUAACAAUGUCUCUUCUAUUAUAGACCUUUAACAGUAUUACUUGACUCUGAAAUCACAGAGCAGGUCCUGUUUAAAAAAAAAAAAAAAAAAAAAAAAACUUUUUAAUGAUUAAUAUUGAUAUUAUUGAUAGAAAUAGUUAAAGGCAAAAUCUGCGACUUUGGCAGGGGAAAAUGUGCUGCAUGAAAUGCUGUUUACAACCCGUUUUACUUACGUAAUGUUGCAUAUCUGAGUGAAACAGGAUAUAGGAUGAGACUUGAUUUUAUCUAACAUUGAUUGGAUGGGGUAAAGUGGUCUCUAUAACAGGUGGUUGAGGGCAGAUGGUGAAAAAUAAGAGGGCUUGGUGACCUUUUGAUUUCGAUGAAAGAAGACAAACAUUUUAUUUUAUUUCAGAAUAAUGUAUACUGAUGAAUUGUUCACAAUAAAACCAGGAACAUGUAUUAGGAAAGAAAAUAGGGAUGGUUUAAUAAUGACCCUAAAGAAUGGGAUCAAUAGGGCUGUGUCGAUACAGUCAAAUAUACUGAUAGGCCUAUAUCGUAAUACUUUUUCUCAAAAUAAUGUAUCCAUACUUUAGAUCCAUGUAACGAUAUUUAUGUUCAACAAUUUGUGUAUUUAUUCAAAGGUCCGUUGUCCAAAACUCAGAGCACCAUGUCUUAAAAUUGCAUAUAUAUACUGUAUAUAUAUGUGUGUGUGUGUGUGUGUGUGUGUGUGUACUGUAUACUGUAUAUAUACAUAAUAUAUGCAAUUUUAAGACAUCAUAUUUAUUGAUGAAAUAUGGACUUUGUAUAUUUUAAAGCUAAAAUGUGACCAAAAUGUAGAAAAAAGAAUGAAAAUAAAAUGUAUCAAAUUAAUAUUUCUGUUAAUUUACUAAGUUAGUAUGUCCCCUGUAUAAUUAAAACUAGUAUUAGCUAAAAGAGCUAAUUGAACAUUAUAACUGAAAUAUACCCAAAUAAAUUGGAAUCGAAAGCUUGUGAAUCGUGAUAUAUUGAUUCGUUACAUAUGUAUUGUGAUAAAUAGAAUCGUGACAUUUAUCGCAAUACGUAUCUUAUCGUGGCUGGCAAUACCCAGCCCUAGGGAUGAAUAUUGCUUUUGUCUAAACUGAAUGAAUAAUCUGUCAGCAGUGGGUUGAAGAUGGUGGGUUUGUAUCGCACUGGCUUUCAAAAUACUCCAAAUACAGUAUACAGUAUAUUAAAUGUGAAAUAUAUGGGAGAAAAGUACUCCUAAAAAGCCCAGCUAGUCACAAGUCAUAAGAGUAUGAACAUCCAUGAGGUUAAUGUGGGAGAAUAUCAUGCUCUGAUGUUUGUCAUGCUUAUUGGAACAUCAUUUUUGAAUUGAUGAUUUCAUGUGAUUUUAGAGGAUGUGGGAAGAUUAGAAGUUUUUGCAAAUUUGUUUUCAUGAUCAUCAGUGUUUCUUUGAAACAUGAAUGAGUUUUUUAUUUUUUCAUUUUGAUUUACUCCACAUGUAGUGUAUUUUAUUAGAGUUUUUCUGGGCUUAGACACAGUUUGUUUUUUGCAAAUGACUAGUGUUUUUUAUUUUUUAUUUUAUUUUAUUGAGAUUCACUUGCAAGAACAUUCAAAAUCAAAAAAUCUAAAAAUAAAUAAAUAAAUAAAUAAAUAAAUAAAAUAGUACCAAAAUUUUUUAUCUGUUUACUUGUAUCACACUUAACAUGUGUGAAUAUCAUUGCAUUAGAUUCAAAAUUGUCAAAGCAAGCCUUACAAAUCAACAAACAAAUUCUGCUAGAGCUUUUCUCAGAACUAACUUCACUUUUCUGAGCUAUUUUUGCAAUGACUUUUAAACAACUGGUGUCAAAAUGAUUUUUAGUGGAUGUAUGAAGUCAGUUUCCCUUAAGUUCACACAUGUGUAGUUCAUCACAUUAACUAUGGAAAUACUACUGUAUAUCUACAUUAUAUCAUUUGAAACCUAAUAAUAUUUGCUUUGAUAUUUUUUAAAUGUGUUGCAACCUGCACACAAAAAUAAAAUGGAGACAAUCUCCCAAUUAAAUAGAUAACAAAACACAACUCAAAAGAAAAUUGUCAUCUACAAGGUAUUGUAGCCCAACAACAGCCACUAAAGAGCCCAAAAGAGGCCCCAAAUCUAAUUGGAAAACAACCAAAACCCACAUAAGAGGUGUGAAAUCCAAAGGGAGGAAACAUAAAUUAUUAUUUUGCAUGGAGGAAAAAAUAGAGACAGAGAGGUUUUAGAAGAUCAACUGUGUUUUUUUCCAAAGACAGCUUGCCACGGCUGUGUUCUGACCACCUUAGCUCCAACAGUGAUCUAAAAAGGAGUAUUUAAGCUCCUUCCUCUACAGCAAUGCAGCUGCCAAAAUCAAGUGCUUGGGUGUUCUAAUUGGAAAAAAAUGGGAGACUAGGCAAUUAUGUGAUCUGAGAGUGAUCAAGUCUCUGAUCACAAAACUCACCCAAAACACUGUCUCUCUCAGAACAAGCCAGCCCAUUACAAAUGCAAUGACAUUCAGACAUUACAUAUUUAACCGGUGACAGUGGUUGCUUAACUUUUUCGCCUAAAUGUGAGAUUGUGAGUGUGAGGGAAAUAUGUAAUUGUGCAAUAAGGAGGUGAAUGUUUUCUGAACUACUGUGACUAACUUAUGUAAGAUGUUUUUUUUUAGUUUUUUUUACUUCUUGUUUUAUAUUUAUUGCACUGUGAACUUUUGGGAAGUGAUUUUGGGAACUGUGAAAUGUUACAGUCAUUGGAAUAGUGGAAAUGACAUAAAUAGGAGUAGCUGUACAAAUGCUUUUAAAUGUUGCUCUGUGAGAAAAAAAAAAAGACAGAAUGAGUCAGUGAGGGGGAAAUGAACCCAUAACCUCUGUAAAGCUUUUGUCUGGAGCUGGAAUGAUUGUACAUGUAUGAAUAUCAGUGAUCAGUGAGUGAUUAGUAAUUUAUUCUAUCAGGAGUUUGUGUUGGUGGAUUUAAACAUUUAACACACACACUGAGGUUUAUUUGUGUGAAGUGUAUGACUGAUUCAUUAAAGAUUGUAAAGUAAUGCUUUUAGUAAAUCAUUUACAGGUAACAUCA